GUUUUAUAACCCUUUUUAUGCACUCGACUUAUUUUAUGAAGAGUAUCAAGUCAAAAUGGUUUCCCAAUUUUUAAAUUCUAUUAUGUUUUCUUAAAGAGGGAGCUACUGAUGAUGAAAUGAAUUGUUUUGAUAUAAUAAACAGGGCGACUUUGAUAUGUGCAGUCAAUCAAGAUGCUGAGAAAUCAUGUAAAAAGAAGGUGGAAAUGGAAUAGCUGAGGGAUGCAAAUGAUAAGGAUGUGUUGUUUAAUUUUGACUAGGUCCAUCUUGUUUUUUGAGCAGCUUCAACAGCUUGUUGUAGAAAAUGUACCAGCGUUCAAUGAGAACCUCUGGAUAUGGCUUGCAGCUAAAAUGGAUACUUGCAAAUCAGAGGAUGACAAAGCACGUUUUGUCACCAAUUUUUUUUUGCAGAAAGACUAUGAAGAAUUGGCUUUAUUUGUAGUGAGCUUAGUGGAUCGCCUAGUCCAUAAGACUAAUGUAAUGUUCGUUUCUCUAACUGUGCUAAAACACACCCUGCACCCUAUCAUAGGAAGGUUAUUGCAGAGAAAAAUAUAUUUAGCUAUUGAUGUUCUCAAGGUAAUUUUAAAACCUGUAGUUGAUGAAAAGAAAGAGAUUUCUUGGCCUCCUAGAGAUCCCGAGGCUUUCAUUUUCAUGGAGAAAGUACGUUUUUAUUUUCUACUUGUUAUGUACACCAAAGAUCAGUCCAUCGUUAACAACUGCCCAGAGUCCUUCAUUUAUGGAUGUUGUGCUGCAUUAGGACUCUAUCUCAAUCCUGAUGGGACCAUCUUGCACCCUAAGGAAAAGAAAAACAGAAGGCCAUUUACUCAUGCAUGUCUAUAA